GUCAGCCUAGCCUCGGGGAAGACGAUUGUUAUGAACACUAUGGUGCAUGAACUGAAGAUGGACAUCAGAGGACGAGACCUGGAAGCAGACACAUACGUCAUCAACAUGAAGGACUUUGACAUUAUUCUAGGGAUGGACUGGUUGACAAAAUACCAUGCCGAUAUCAGCUGCCACCA